AUGAGCCAGGAUCCUGGACAAUACGAGCGUGAUAGUGACUCGGGGCUUCAGGCUGUUUCUCGCGGCGUUGUACGCCACAUAUUGGCACUAUGUGAAAACGAGUCUGAUGUGAUCAGUCGAGCCAAACUGACGACCCUGAUACGGGAUGUUUCGAAAAAUCAGACCACACGUAAGUUCCGGUUUUCUGAUGUGUUCUGGAGUGUGGAUAGAAUGUUGCAGGACACCUUUGGCUACGAAUUGGUAGGUUUACGUGCGAAAAGUGCGGAUUCUGACGGAACCAAGGACAAGGCCCAGACUUUCACUUUAGUGACCACAUUGCAUGCUUUACCUGCCGAAUUUGCAGCUCUUUUAAUUCGGGAAGGCCGUUCUAUGUAUGGAUCGCGCGUUGUGGGCGACCAGUACGUUGGUGACGAUCCGAUGGUGUUGUCCGAAACAGCCGUCAGAGAAUCCGUUUCUACGGACUCAGAUUUGGUCGCACAGGGGCUCACGCUAGUGAUUUUGACCAUAGUUUUGCUUUCCAAGAAUAAUUUGCUGCUGGACGAGUUGGUGGAGAGUCUGGAGUCUUUUGGUGUCUUCAACGAUGGUCGCCAAAUCCCGGGACUCGGUAUCACACUCGAAGCGUUUCUCAAACGGCUGGUGAAACGAGAAUAUAUUUACCGCAAAGAAGAGCGCACAACUGAUGGUGCUACUGAAGUUGUCUCUUUCAGAAUAGGCCGCAAAGCCCAGCUGGAGUUCCCCAAAUCAGCACUCAUCGAAGCUUGUCGAGAAAUUAUGCAACUUCCGGUCGAACAAAUCGAGCGAUUAACAUUAUCGAUCGAUCUCAGUGUCGGCGAUGCCUACGAUUCCAUACCAUAA